AUGGCUCAACUGCAAGCCGUAAGCAUGACGUACGAGCCGUUUAGCAAAGAGCCUGAGUACAUCGAGUGCAAUCGGGCUUUUGUCGAACGCUUGCCUUUGGAAAACGUUGACCGCUUCCUCGACAUCGCCUGCGGAACCGGCACGGUCAGCUCGCUGCUGUUGGAACGUUUCCCCGAAGCCCAUCUCAACGGUGUCGAUCUCGACCCGGUGCAAAUCGAUCUGUCGACCGCCACCUGGACUGAACUGGGGCACACGGUUCGUCACGGGUACGAACUGACCGAAGACUACGAGAACGGCAAGCCGGUAAUCGUGCUGGGGGUGGGCAGUGGCGAUGACUUGAAGUUUCCGGAUGAGACCUUCGAUUGCGUGACGAUCGCCAACGCGAUUCACAUGCUGCCCGAUAUGUCGAAGUUCUUUGCCGAGGUCGCCCGGGUGCUUAAGCCAGGCGGCGUGUUCGGGUUCAACUCCGGCUUCUACGCCGGCUGUAACCCACCCGGCACCGAGCGGCACAUGUACCAAUGGCUACGUGAAGCCACCUACUACAUCGACAAGUGGAACGAACGCCGAAAGGCAGAAGGCAAAGAGCCCAUCCGUCGGCAGCACGGCACCACGCGUUCGGCGUUUCAAAACCGCUGGUUGAACCCCGGCGAAUGGACCGACCAUCUUCGCGAGCAGGGGUUCGACUCAAUCGACAUCAACGAACGAACGCUGCAAAUGGACGUGCGUUGCCUGCAGGCCCUGGUUGCCUACGGCGGGCUGGUCGAAGUGGUGAUGAGUGGCUACCCGAUCGAAGAAGCCAGCAUCGCCUUGCAGUCGACCGCUCCCAAGGCACUCGAACUGCUCGGGCGAGAUACGCUUCCGCGGCAUCAUGCCAACACAGUCUACGAUCGAGAAACGUUGUUCACCGAAAUCGCUUCCAUCGUGGAAUCGAUGACCGCCGACUGGGACACCUCAGCCAGCGACGGGGUGACCAACGACACGCGAUUGAUCGCCGACUUGAUGUUCGAGUCGAUCGACAUCGUGCAAUUCAUCGUUGCCAUCGAAGAACGUUUCCACCGUCAGGAUCUUCCCUUCGAACAGUUGCUGAUGGUCGAUGGUCGAUACGUGGAAGAACUGACGAUCGGUGAGGUGGUCACGUUCCUCAACGAGCAACUGGUGGCCAUCGUCACCGGCGGUAGCGCUGGGAUUGGCCUCGAGACCUGUCUGGCGUUCGCCCGUGAAGGGGCCCGACUGGUUAUUGUGGCCCGCAAUGCCGAGCGUUUGGCCGAGACCGCCCAGCAGGUGGUCGCCGCAUCGCUUCCCGGUGCACCACCGCCGCUGACAUUGCAGCUCGAUGUGAACUGCGAAGAAGACAUGCGCCGCAUGGCCGAGGAGACACUGGCCGCCUUCGGGCAGAUCGACAUCCUCGUCCAUGCGGCAGGGAUCUUACGUCCGCCGGGGGCUCGCCUGCGAAUGGUGGCUCAAAUGCCGCCCGCGGAAUUCAACGCGGUCGUUGAUAUCAAUCUCCGCGGUACCUUCCUGGCCAAUCGAGCCGUGCUGCCGGCCAUGAUUCGUCAGCACGCCGGCAACAUCGUGAAUCUCUCCUCGCUUUCCGGUCGGGUCGGCAUUGCCUUCGACGGUCCGUACUGUGCGUCGAAGUUCGGCGUGGUCGGGCUCAGCGAAUCGCUGGCCGACGAAGUCCGCGGUCACGGCGUACGUGUGCAAGCCCUGCUGCCCGGCAUGUUCACCGGUGGGGUAUGGAAUCAGUCUGGCCUUCCGGUGCCCAAAGACCUCACCCCGUGCAGCCGCGUGGCCGACACCAUCGUGCAACUGGUCGCGCUGCCCUGGGAUGUCACGCUGGGGAUGCCCGUCGUCGAACCCCUGCUGGCCAGCAAAGCCUCGGCGGGUUGGCGAGCCGGCGGAGCGAAGCGGCCCGCACGCAACACUUCGGCCAGUCCCUCCACUUCACCCGCGUCCACUACCUCCACGGAGCGCAGUACCAUGUCGAGUUACUCACCUGACGAAACCUCGUUGGACGGGAAGGUCGUCAUCAUCACCGGCGGCACCGGCGGUAUCGGGCUGGCCACCGCCUACGCGGUUACGGCCGAAGGCGGUUCGGUCGUCAUCUGCGAUGUGAACGAAGAGCGAAUCGCCGAGUGUGUCGAAGCCGUGGGGCAAGCCUCGUCGCCCGAACAGGUGCACGGCCUGCGCAUCGACGUUCGCAGCGAGGAAGACGCGCGGCGGAUGACCGAAGAAACGCUCGAUCGCUUCGGCCGGCUCGACGCCCUGGUGGCCUCCGCCGGAAUCCUUCGCAAGCGAGGCACCCCGCCCAAGCAGUUGGUGAAAGUCAGCGCCGAGGAAUGGGACGAGGUGAUCGACAUCAACCUCAAAGGCAUCUUUCUCACCAAUCGGGCCGUGCUGCCGAAGAUGAUCUCGCAGCGUUCCGGCACCGUGAUCAACAUCUCGUCGGUCUCCGGCCUUCGCGGCCGCGCCCACGACGGGCCCUACUGCGCAUCGAAGUUCGGCGUGAUCGGCCUCACCCAAUCGGUGGCCGACGAAGUCCGCAGCUACGGCGUGAAAGUAAUGUCGGUCUUGCCCGACGCCAUCGACACACCUAUCUGGCAGCAAAACCACCCCAUCCCACCCCCCAGCGAAUCGCUGCCGCCCGAGCGCGUGGCCGACCUGAUCGUGUUCCUCCUCAAGCAACCCGAGGACACGAUUCUCACCUCCCCCGUCAUCGCCCCCCUAGGUGCCGUCGAACGAAGUGAAGACGCACCGCCGAGUUGCCAGUUGGUUCGCCAUUUUAUGUUAGCCGGCAGCGCGAUGGUGCGAAAUGACGACGGUGAAAUCGUCAUCCGCUGGGGCCGUGCGAUUGGGCGUCUGGCAUUGAUGAUUACGAUUUUCGUGGUGAUGGGCUGGCUCGUGGACUACUUCCGAGGUCAGCCGUUCCGCCCCACCCGAAUGAUUGUGCUCUAUGGGGGCAUGGUCGUCUGUCUCGUCUGGCUGCUGGGGGCGACACAACGCCAGGCCCAAGGCAAGCCGAAGUGGCAGUUCCAGCUGCGCGACAUUUUAGUUCUCAUCACAGUGAUCGGCGUGAUCUUAGCCACCGGUCGUUGGGAGCGAGAUUAUGCACUUGCAAAGCAAACUGACCGGCACACCCUCUCGGACGAAAUCGUCGAGCUUACCGGCGCAAGGCGCGUAAAAAUCUCGGGCAAUCCUGGUAGCACCAUGAUUUUUGGCAUUAGGCCAACCUUUGGAGACGGUGACCUGGACAAACUCAUGCAACUCACCGAUCGAUUGAUCUCACUCGACGCCCCCAUCACCUUUCUGGAUUUAAGCGGUACGCAAAUAACCGACCAGGGAGCCGCCGCCCUGGCGAGCUUGGAUUCCCUCGAGUUUUGCUUUUUAGAUAAAACACAAGUCUCCGACUUGGCGGUAGAUGAACUGCAGCAACUCCAACAUCUGAAGGUGCUCUCUCUAGGAAACACCACCGUGUCCACCGAACGACUCAAGCAGCUAAGCAUCGAUCGGCCGGAUUUGGAUAUCGAGCCGAAGACUUAUCAGGUCAAGGCUUGCCCUGACUCCGAUUGGUCCUAUUCUUGCGGGCGAGAGACGGCCACAAGUGCGAGCAAGCUGGGUGCUGUCAGCCCGAAGCGCCCCAUGGAUCGGCCGACCAUUGAAGAGGUUCACAGGGACGAGUCCACUCCUGCUCGUCGGGAAGCGGCGAAGCUGCACUGGCUUCUGAAGCGUAACGAUGACGGCGAGAUCGUCAUCCGCCGGGGCCAAGUCGUGCGUCGCUUGACGCUAAUGAACUUGUCGGCCUUGGGUGGCGCCUGGCUGACAAGCUUCUUACUUGGAAAACCGAUUUCAGUCUUCUUGGUCGUCUCCAUGUGCGGCUGGAUGUCGAUACUAUUUCUUGUCGCCUUGAAUGUAUCUUUGCGACGAGCCCAAGGAGCGUCCGUGUGGCAGUUUCGGCUGCGAGACGUCCUAAUUGCCGUCACUGCAUUCGCCACUCUUUUUGCGCUAGCUCAUUUGGAAAGGGACAAAACGCUUAGUUACUAUACCGCCCUUCAGGAGAUCGCCAACGAGAUCGAGCGGCUUGUUGACGGCGGCUCUGUAUCAGUCUCGGGCAACCCUGGCAGCACGACAAUCCAAGUAACUCGCCCAACCUUUGACGAUGGUGACCUGGAGCAACUCCUACAACUCACCGAUCGAUUGAUCUCACUCGACGCCCCCAUCACCUUUCUGGAUUUAAGCGGCACGCAAAUAACCGACCGGGGAGCCGCCGCGCUUGCGAGCUUGGAUUCCCUCGAAUACUGCUUUCUGGACAAAACACAAAUCACCGACCAGUCCGUGGAUGAACUGCAGAAGCUCCAACAUCUGAAGGUGUUUUCUGUACGAAACACCGCCGUGUCCACCGAACGACUCAAGCAGCUAAGCAUCGAUCGGCCGGAUUUGGACAUCGUGCCAAAGACGUAUCAGGUGAAACGGCCGUAA